AUGGUCGCCUGCGGGUGCCCACGGCACGCAGCGACAACGAUGUGCCGACCGAUUGCAGUCUCUCCCGUCUAUUUCUUCCGUCUGGCUUGUAGCACCGCGACCCGUAACGGUCGCCUGCGGGUGCUCACGUAUGUGACGACGAUGUGCCGACCGAUCGCGGUCUCUCCUGUCUCUCUCUUCCAGCGAUACCUCAAGCACCGACCCACACCACCACCAGCGCCGUGCAUGCAUGGGGGCCGUCCACACAGUUCACCAGCACUGAUGAUAAAUGCACAGUUAGUCCCCUACCGUCACUCAUUCACCACAGCCACUGUACUGGUUUCACUUAAUCCUUGGCUGCACCGCUCCCUUCAAUCACCGUUUUACUGUUCUUCUUCUUCCCUAAGGUUAGGCUCAAUCCCUGCUUCCUCAGAAUGUCCCGCCGGGGUCCGACUUACCUCCCUCAGCCUUCGAAGGUCAAGUCGACCAAGCCCAGCAGCUGUCGGGACCCAGCAGCAGUUGUUCAAACAGUCCUUUUCAGGGCUAACUUCCGAAUGUCAUUCGAUCACCACUCUUCGAGGCUCAACACAGCUCACUCCUGCACCUUCCAGCGCUCCUGCAGCUUCCAGCUCACUCCUGCAGCUUCCAGCUCACUCCUGCACCUCCCAGCGUUCCUGCAGCUUCCAGCAGUCUCCAGCUCACCCCUGCGGCGCUCUACUGACGUCCCGCGACUAUUCCAGCACCCGCUGA